GUACUCCUCUCCUUCACCUUGAUGUGCCUCGGAAUCUGAUAUUCUAUUUUUUUCAGAAGCUAGGUAGUACUACCUCGAAGGGGAAAAUCGUUUCUUUUUUUUCACUAUUAUUUUCUUUUUGGGAGUGAGGUCUCUCCCCCUGUGGGCUGUGGGCUGUGGGCUGUCACUGACCUCUUCCCUUCUGUGUCCGCCAAUUUAUCUGGUGCCCUGAGCUCUCUUGUGUGUGAUCUGUGAAUCACUGAAUCCUUCUCGCCAACAGCCCAACACAUGGAAAAGAGAGCUGCAGAAGCAGACGCCUAAAACAUGGCCGCAGUAUGCUCCUCAUUCACCUGCCGCGUCUAGUAUUUCGGAAAUAUUUUGUAUUUAUUAAAGCAGGAGAGGGAGGCAAGCAGCAGCCGAGGCCGAGCUAUCUCUCUAUUUCCCCCUCGCCCAGCUCAGAUCCGAAGCCUGAAGGAAAUCGCGCCAACAGGCCCUAGCCCCAGAUGCGCGCCGCCGCUUGCUGCCUGCGCUGCUGCUACUCCUUCUAGGGGUCUUGCGGCGAUGCUGGGCGUCGAGCCCGAGAGCGGAGGCGCCGCGUCCUCCUCCGCCGCAGAGAAUUUUGACGCUGGCCAGUACGCCUUCUUCGGGAAGGAGCCACUCGAGGGGUUCGAGCUCGGGGGUUUGGAGGAAGCCGGCAGUGAUGGCAAUGGCGGUGGAUUCAGCGGGCCAGAUGAGGGGCUGUACCGGCUAAACUCGGUUGGAGACGAGAUUGACGAUCAGAGUAACUUGUCUGACAUUGAUGAUCUUGCAAGCACCUUCGCUAAGUUGAACCGAAGCAUUAGUGGAAUCCGGAAUCCUGGUGUUAUUGGGGACAGGAGAUCCAUUUCAAGAGGAAGUUCUUUAACUCUUGACUGGCCUGAGGAUGUGGAGUUUUCAAACUGGGUAGAUCAAGAUGUAUUUGAAAAUGAGGAAUUCCAGGAAAGUAAAAGAUGGUGGUCAUCCAAUUCUUCAGUGCAGCAAGGGGAUUCCAACUCCAGACCACUAAGUCGAACAUCUUCCUACCCUCAGCAGCCACUGCAGCACCGGUCAAGUGAACCUAUCGUUUUACCAAAGACUUCUUCAUUUACCUCAUUUCCACCACCUGUUGCUGGUGGUGGUAGAGCCCCUUACCCUGCUCAAGGCCUUACACGUCAUGGGAGCAUUCCAUCAAUUGGCGCUGGGCUCCAAAUGGGUUCUCCGAGCAUGUCACUUUCUGCUUCUCCAUAUCAUAUGGUCGGACCAUCUCAUGGGCUGCCAUACACGGGAGGCAUGCCUUAUGGUGCUCUUAACCUGCCUGUAAACAAUCCAGUGCAGAAUGAUUGGUCGAAUCAUGUUAACCCUUUCACUGGGGAGCAUCUUAAUCUACUGCCCAAUUUAUUGCACAAACAAUUAUCACUUCCUAAUAGCCCAAUGUCGUCACUCCUAUUUUCUCAGCAUCAGCAGAGAUUGGCACAGGUCCAAUCAUCCCAUCAGAAUUACCUCAAUAUAAUGCCACACGUCCUAUAUCCCCAUCACUCCGCAGAGAUUACAAGCAGGUUUGGUUCUGUUGGCAGUUCCCAUUCAUCAAGAGACAAGAGAUCAAGGUCGGGGAAGGGAAAACAUAACAUUCGAUUCUCUCAACUACCAUCUGAUACUGGUAGCCAGAAUGGUGACAGCGGAGGUAUAAAGUUUAGAUCCAAGUACAUGUCAUCUGAAGAGAUCGAAUCAAUCUUAAGAAUGCAGCAUUCUGCAAGCCACAGCAGCGAUCCUUAUAUUGUUGAUUACUAUCAUCAAGCUUGUAUGGCAAAAAGGGGUGCCACUUCUAAGCAAAAGACCAAUUUCUCCCCAACAUCAAUGAAAGAUGUACCAUCCAAGUCUCGAUCCAGCAGUGAUCAGCACACAUAUCUUCAGGUUGAUGCUCUUGGAAGAGUAUCUUUUUCUUCCAUACGGAGGCCUCGGUCUCUUCUUGAAGUCGACCAUCCUUCAUCUGCUGAUGGCUCUCAUGAUCAGAAGUCCACUGUGAGGCCCCUGGAGAAAGAACCAAUGCUUGCAGCAAGAGUCACUGUUGAAGACGCCCUUUGCCUUGUUCUUGAGGUUGAUGACACUGACCGUCUGUUGCAGUCUAGCCAGUCACAGGACAACAUUUUCGAACUGAAACGAAGACGGCAAGUCCUCCUGGAAGGUCUAGCUGCAUCAUUGCAGUUUGUUGAUCCUCUCGGACCCAGCAAAUCUGGUCAUUCAUCUGGGUCAGCCCUGAAGGACGAUGUUAUUUUUCUGCGCAUUGUUUCUCUGCCCAAAGGACGUAAGUUUUUAGCACGUUACCUUCGGCUUCUUGUCCCUGGCAGCGAGUUGACCCGGAUAGUAUGCAUGGCUAUUUUUCGCCAUUUGAGGUUCUUGUUUGGGGGUUUGCCAUCAGACUCUAGUGCAGCAGAAACUACAGUUGCUCUUGCGAAGACUGUUUCAUCUUGUGUGCAUCACAUGGAACUUGGUGCUCUUAGUGCCUGCCUUGCUGCUGUUGUUUGUUCGUCUGAACAGCCACCUCUGCGCCCUCUUGGUAGCUCUGCUGGUGAUGGGGCUUCUCUUGUUAUUAAAUCAGUACUGGACCGAGCAACUGAGUUACUGACUGAUCGCCAUGCUGCAGCCAGCUACACUGUGCCAAACCGUGCUCUCUGGCAGGCAUCAUUUGAUGCUUUCUUUGGGCUUCUAACAAAAUACUGUGUCAGUAAGUUUGAAAGUAUCCAACAGAUGUUUGUCACACAGACACCGAGCUCAGGAAUCGGACCUGAGGCUUCCAAAGCUACUAGUAAGGAGAUGCCUGUUGAGCUACUUCGUGCAAGCCUUCCUCAUACAAACGAGCAGCAGCGCCAGCGGCUUCUUGAUUUUGCUCAGAGAUCCAUGCCAGUAACAGGUUUCAAUCCCUCAGGUGCUAGAGGUGGGCACAUCACUUCAGAAUCUGUUCCUGGAUGAUGUAACUGAAGGAGACACACAAGGGCAAAGAGUCAAUGCUUUUAAACAUUGAUGAGAUGGUCUUCAGCUGAUAAUUGUUGUAUCUGAAGACAUGCAUGCCCCAUUAUAAGUUGUGAGCGAGCUUGGAGAAGUUCCGAUUGCUCAGGAAAGUAGCCUUCACUUCAGGUUGUGACGUAAGUUUAGGUUUCAGAGUAAUCGAAUAGACCAGUGAAAUGUUCCUUAUGUGGGUCAUUUAAUAUAGUACCCACCUGAUGAUAUCAUAAUACUGGAACAGGAAAUGUACCCCUUCACAUUUCUACUAGAGUCGAUGUUCUUCGUAGGCCAUUGUGGACUGGUUUGCACAUUUACUGGGCAUGUAUUUGUUUAUAUUCUGACAUACUGUUAUUGAGCUACUCCUGUCCUGGGU